AAGCACAAAAUCGGACAUGUCCCAUUGAUUUCUUCUUAUUCAGAAAGCCAACAAAAGCUCCCAGCAAGCCCAGUCAGAAUACAUGACAUUUAAUUCACCGAUUGUCAGGAUAAAGGACUUCAUAGGAAAAAUCUAAUUCUGGAUGAGGUAGAGUAAGGUAAAAUAUAAUUACCCAGGAGCAAGCAGAAGAAGGAUGGUUUAAAUUUAUUUUGGUAGAGUUAAUCCACCCACAGGAUUAGACACAUUAGUUGCCCGGAUGCAUUAGUUUGUAUUGUAUUAUUAUAUUGUGGUUCAUCAGUGCCAGUUCCACACAACUAUGAAUUACUUUUUACAAGCUGUUUUUGUACCCGGGACCUGGAUUUAUUUGACAGACUAUCUGAAUGAGCCUCAUUAUAUAUCAGACAUGUGCCACUGACACUGUCCCCUGUCUACAUCUGCACGACAUGACAGUGUGAAUAUGGGGGACUGGAAUUUGCUGGGAAGCAUACUGGAAGAGGUACACAUCCAUUCCACCAUUGUGGGAAAGAUCUGGCUGACGAUUCUCUUUGUAUUCCGAAUGCUUGUCCUUGGAGUGGCUGCUGAAGAUGUCUGGGAUGAUGAACAAGAUGAAUUUAUUUGUAAUACUGAGCAACCAGGCUGCAGGAAUGUUUGUUAUGAUCAAGCUUUCCCCAUCUCACUUAUCAGGUACUGGGUAUUGCAAAUAAUAUUUGUCUCUUCUCCGUCCCUUGUUUACAUGGGCCAUGCGCUGUACAGACUGAGGGCUCUGGAAAAGGAGCGGCAAAGGAAGAAAGCCCAACUUAGAGCAGAGCUCGAGGAACUUGAUACAGUUAUUGAUGAGCACAGGAAACUGGAGCGGGAACUUCGGAAAUUAGAGGAACAAAGGAAAGUGAACAAGGCUCCAUUGAGGGGAUCCUUAUUACGCACAUAUGUGCUGCAUAUACUGACAAGGUCAUUAGUGGAAGUUGGCUUUAUGAUAGGGCAGUACCUGCUGUAUGGAUUUGAUCUUGAUCCCUUGUAUAAAUGCGCACGGUUCCCUUGCCCUAAUAUAGUGGACUGCUUUGUCUCAAGACCCACAGAAAAGACUAUUUUUAUGGUGUUUAUGAACAGUAUAGCAGCAGCGUCAUUGUUCCUGAAUGUUUUAGAAAUCCUCCAUUUAGGCAUCAGAAAAAUAAAGCAGGGGCUUUAUGGUAAACGCAAUGCGGAGACAGCGGAGGAUGAAAUAAGCAGCUCCAAGAAGAACUCUGUUCAACAUGUUUGUAUCAUGAGCAAUUCCUCUCCAAGUAAGAUCAUCCCCUUGUCUUCCAGUGGCUACAAACUGCUGCCCGAUCAACAAAUGGAUCCAGCAGGACUGCCAGCUUACCUGCCCCCAUCCCAGGACUUUAAAGAGGGGCAAAUAAUGAGUGACCAAAAUCAUUAUGUCAAAGUUCUUGCCCCUGACAAGCACAGGAAAACUGCAGACCAUACUAACACUGAGCAGCAGCAGCAGGGCAACCAUUGCAAGCCAAUCCCCCACUCUGCAGAGCCCCACAGGAUUCCUAAUCACACUGACCAGUACCAUGGGCACAUGGCACAUAGACUAUCCACAGUUCAGCCUACUCCUGCCCUCCAGAAGCGCAAUCUAUCCUCCAGCAGUGAAGAUUCCCAAAAAAAAUCUAAACACAACAAUAGUUUGGGUUCCAAAAGCUGCCUCAAAAGCCAGCAUUCCCUAGAUCAGCCCAGACACAGUGCUGUGCACCCACUAAGGUCAUGUCUGCACUCCAGCCACAUGGAGCUGCGCUCUGCACUGCGCAAGUAUAGCCGGGUUGGCAGCUGCAAGGACUUUGCGGAGGAUCGCAGUGAUUCUGCUGACAGUGGACAUAGAAAAGUGAGUUCUACAUCCAGGGGAUUAUCCGAGAGCAGACUGAUCAGUGAUACGGAGAGUUUGGACUCUAGAAAUGGCUCUGGCUCUGAAUCUAGAAGGAGAAACGAUAGUCCAAGCAGCACCCCACCUCCACCAUCUGGUCGCAGGAUCUCAGUGGCAAGUAAAGCAGCCAGCCCUGGGCUAAUACUGGCCAAUGGUUCUUACUCCCAGUCUAGGCAUCCUAAUUAUCAUUAUUACAUAUUACAAAAAGUUAACAAAAAUCCCUUUAUAAAAAGGUUAUAGAAUUGAAAGCAUCACGUUGAUGCAAUUGAAUGAGUUCCUAGGCCUAUGGCACAACAGAUUUCAGAAUUUUUUGACAGGGAAAACAUCCAUAUUGCUGUUUCCUCUGUGGUAUGAUGUAAAAUGAAAUACCAGUCUCUUGAAACUGGUGCUUUUCAACAGGUAAAACACCUGAAACACAUCACAUGUCCUACCCAGUCCUGUUACUACCAUUCCCAAGUAUGGGAAACAUUCUAUCAUAGCAAAUACCAGUGGUGACAAGUAUGAGAGGUUUCUGAGUAGAGUCUACCUGUCAUUGCAUGUGCCUUCCAUAAGCAUAGCACUUGCCCUACUAUUCUAUGAGAGGCAGUAACAUGCAAUUUUGGGAUUGGCAUUUUGACUGUGCUGUUUGCUAGAGCACCCUGGUGGCCAAUAAGAUUCAAACAAGAUACUACUUACAAUUUAAUGCAUUGUGACAAUAGACAGUGGUAUGUAGUUUAUAUAGUAUAGAGGUAUUAUUAUGGCACUAUUAAUGAACUCAUAAAAGCAUACUCUUAGGUGGUAAUUUAUCAAUGUUCAAAAUCAAUUUUUUUUUCCAUGAAGUGACAUUUUUUCCAUUAUGCUUUCAAAAACUUGUAUGGACAAUAUUAAGGCCAAAAAAUCUGUUUAAGCUUGACCAUUUUUUUACUUGAAUUUUUAAUUUCAAGUUUAUUCGAAGUAGAAAAAAACCUCUAACACUGUACAAAUUUGAAUUCUGAUAAAAAGGCCUUUUAAUGCCCCCCAGAAUAAAUUACACCCACAGAUUUCCCCAAAUUGCACUUGCUACCUGUACAUCAUGCUACACACAGAGAAUUUAUCUCAAUAUUUUCGGGGAAAAACUCAGACCAAAUCUGCACGGGUUUUUUUUAG